CACCCGGCGUCGCGGUCAAAUUAUACGGGGACCGACACACAGACGCGAAACACAACCGACGAUGCAUUCGAAAGCUGGGUUCUAAUCCUCGCGCGCACGCCUCUGUGACCGGAACCUGUGCCGCUAGGCGGUACUAAGCCCGUACCCAACUUUAACUUGUCCGGGCAGCAUGCCCUAUGACGAGCGCGCAGCCGAUGGGGCGCAGGUAUCUGACACAGCGGCCACGGGCCCGCCACGGAAGUGCGCGCUGCGGCUCAGCGGCGAACGCGACACCGAAGCAGUCACGCUUGACGCGUAUACGUAUGAGCAGCUUCGAGGCUGUUGCGAAUACUUCCGAGGGCUCAUGGACUUCGGCGUGGGCUCCGGCGCCACACCCUGGGGGCUGGGAGGUGGGGGUGACACGGCGGACACCAGCGAGGAGCCGGAGUCACACGGGCGCGUCUUGAGCGUGCACACAGGCAGCUGUCAAGCCUCCCUGGCCGCCGCGGUGGUGGACUGGCUGGUGGCUGGGGCGGGGGCGGGGGCGGAGGCAACGCCGCUCGAGGUCGAUGGGUCCAACGCCGCCGAGCUCCUGGCUCUGGCGGACGUGUGGUGUGUGCCGGCGGUCAAGGAGCGGGUGCUGGCGGCCCUGUGCAAGGGACCUUGCGCCGGCUUCAGGCGGCCGGCCGCCAACUCGGCGGCGGUGGAGGGCGUGCCGCAGGUGGCAGCGCUGGCGGCGCAGGCGCUGGCGUACGGCAUUGGUGACCCCGACGGGGGGCUGGGCCGGCUGUACAGCGAGUGUAUGGCCUGGAUGGCGGCGUGGCCGGCCAGGGUGUGGCCCAGCCGCACCUUUGCGGCUCUGGCCAGGUCUAUCCAAGAGGACGUGCUAGCAGCCGCCAAGGCCCGCGCCGCCCAGCCAGACGCCGCACCGGCUGCGCUGGCGGCCUGCCGUGCGCUGGCCGCGGCGCUGCCGCCUGUGGCGUGGGCGGCCCGGCCCCGGGAGAUGUGUGGGGAGCUGACGACACACACGUUGGCGGCGCUGUGGGCAAAGUUCCCGGAGGUCUGUGCCUCGGCCGGCGCACGGCAGGACCGCGCCGAGUGCUGGCCGCAGCUGCUGGAGGAGCUGAGGGCGCACGUGGCCGAACACCCCGAGCCUGACCCGGCGGUGUGGGCGCUGGCCGGCGGGCGCGGUGGUGCGGGCUGGGAGGCGGGAUGCCGCCGCUCGUUGCUGUUUGGGCCGCCGCCCCCGCCCGCCGGGGCGGCGCAGCGGGCGGCGCUGCAGCUGCGGGCGCGCCUGCAGCGGCAGCAGCAACAGGGACGCGCGUCGCCGACGGCGUGGGAUGCGGAGCUUCAGGAGGAGGAGGAGGAGAGUUGGCUGGGCGAGGAAGAGGCGCGGCACAUGGAGGCCCUCCACACGCACGUGCACAGCUGGGUGGUGCGCCACAUGCCGCUGGCGGUCCGCUGCGACACCUUCCGCCGGCUGCCGCAGCCCGUGCAGCGUCGCAUCCGGGAGCUGGCGGUGGCGGGCCUGGCCGGACCCGACGCGGCCGCGAGUGCCGCAGGCGCCAGCAGCAGCUCUGGGCGUAGCCCCGGCCCCAACCUCAGCACAGUCGGCCAUUCCGCUGCUAAUGCCGGCGCAGCUGCCACGCCGCCGGGCAGCAGCGGUCUGCGGCGUGGUGCUUGGGCUGGAGGGGAGGCGGAGGAGGCUGUGGGGGCGGGCGGGUCUCGUGCUGGUGCUGGCGGCGGCAUCGCCAUGUGGACCAUCUCCCUGGAACCUGACCCAGUCACGCCUGGGCCCAAGGGCUCGGCUCGGAAAGCCGCCCGGCCGCUCACCGCUGAGCCUCGUGCCUCCGCCUCUUCUGCAAGCGUCACGCCGGGCCGGGCGGCGUCAGCUGCGGCAGUGCGCGGGCGUGCUGGCACAGCAUCGGGGGCAGGCAGCGUGCCGCCCGGGCCUGGCGCAGCGGCGGGCCCGGGUCCCAGCUCGGCGGCAGGGGCAGCAGGAGCAGCACGGAUGCCCACGCUGAGGGCGCAGCCGCAGAGCGCUCUCCGGCGGCAACCGGCGGCCGCGGCUGCAGCCGCCUCGCCAGUCGCUCCUGCUACGGCCGGUACCGUGUCGUCGCCUGAAGCUCGGCUUCAUGCACGGGGCCCCGCAGCGACAGGAGCAGCAGCAGCAGCAGCGCGGGGCGCAAGGGCGGGCGCGUCAGGGUCGGCUGCAGCUGCAGCAGCCCCAUCGCCACGUGGGACAGCGGCAGCAGCACGAGGAUCCACAGCAGCGGCAGCGGCAGGAGGGCGAAGAGCAGCAACAGGAGUAGUAGCAGGAGCAGCAGGAGCAGAAGGAGGAAAGCCAGCAGAGGGAGGGCAAGAGGGAGGGCCGCGGGGGGGAGUUGCAGCAGCGGCGACGCUCACAGCAAGGCGCAGUGCACCUGCACCUGCACAUGCUGCUGGGGCGGCGGCCGCGUCCACGUCCGCACUGUCGCGCCCUGCAUCACGGCAAGCAGCAUCCACUGCGGCCGCUGGCACUGCUGCUGCUGCUGCUGCUGCUGCUGCAGUUACUGCCAAAGCAGGUGUACCGGCUCGCGGGGCGCAGGGCGUCGUACGGGGUGCAGCAGCGCGCACCAGCACCGGCGCCGCUGCUGCUGCUGCUGCUGCGGCGGCGGCGGCCCGCACAUCAGGUGCGGGGGCGCGGCCGGCGACGGCUCUGGCGUCUAAAACGUCGAAGGCGGCUGUGACCGCGGCGCCAUCAGCGCCCAUCUCAGCGGCGCAGGCUUUGCACGAGCCUGCACCGGCACCGGCAGAGCCCGUUGCGCCGUCGGACGUGGAGCUGGAGCCAGGGGCAUGUGCACCGGGAGCUUCGGGGACGACGGCGGAAGGCGUCACGGAGCAGCAGCAGGUGAUGCUAACGGAGCAGCAGCAGGCCGAGCAGCCGCAGCACUUUGAUUCGCCAGCGGUGGCGGCGGGCACGCCACAGGCGGCGGCCUCGCACAUGGGCAGCGCGGCCAGUGCCGGAAGCACCAGCAGCUGGGGCAGCAGCAGUGCGGCGGCGGUAGCGGCGGCGGUGGAGGUGCCGCCGGCGGCGGGGGCACAGGUGGAAGCAUUGGUGGGGCCUGACAGCGGCAGCCCUGUCACUCAGGACACCGACGGCGGCACGAGCAGUGGCAGCUUAGGACAGGAGAGCAUCAGGGCAGCAGAGCAUGCGCGGGUGGCGCUGCCCGUGGCGCCAGAAGCCGUGUUUGUGGAAGACCACAAUGCGCCGACGCCGGCGCUUGCGGCUACUGAAUCCUGCUUAGACUCCAAGCGCGCGGCGGAGCACGCGGCUGUGGAAGAGUCUGGGACUCCUGGGACAGCACAGGAUUCAACUUUGGCACAGGCGAGUGCCUGCGGCCGGUCCGCCGAGGCCCCUACGCAUGGCGACGACGCAAUGCCUCAGCCAGCGCCGCCCUCAUCACCGCAGCCUGACGCGCAACAGGCCGCUUCGUCCGGAGCCGGGGCUGGGACCUCGCCUGCAAAGGCUACCGCCGCCCGCACUGGCGCGGCCCCGGCUGGCCUGCCUGCCCAGCCAGGCGCGGCGACUUCGCCGGCACGGCCAGCGACGACAGCAGCGAGUGCUGCAGCAGCGAGGCCGGGAUCCACCGCUACUGCUGCUCCCGAUCGCAGCCGUUUGCAGGCUGCCUCUGGUGCGGCGCCGCCCACUGCCGGAGCCAGGACGGUUGGCAUCAGCAGCCGGCCCACCUCCGCGGCUGCCGCAGGCGCCAACACCAGUGGCGGCCGCCGAGGCCAGCAAGCGCCCCCGCCUGCAGCUGCUCGGCCACGAGUCAGCUCUACCGCCGAUGCCGCCACUGGUGCUGCGCGGGGAGGUACCGCCGCUGCGAGCAUGCACAAGCCCGGUGCCGCGCGCGCGGGAGCCCCAAAUGGCGGCCGCAUGAGCAGCGACCCGCCGCAGCGACGGCCAGCCAGCGGUGCGGCGCGGCCUGCGGUUGUAGCUCACCCAACGGCGGUCAUGCGCGCACCGCCGCCGCCACCCACGCCCGCCACGUCCUUCUUUCGGCCCGCCCGCAGCCAGCGCAGCGUGGCUGCAGCUGCCGCGCUUCCGGCCGCUGCCACCAGUAGCCGACUGGCAGCAGCGGGCGGCGGUGACCAGUCCGCACGUGCCGACACCGCCACUGGCAAUGGUGCGGCGCCAGCAGUGGUUGCCCCGGCUCCAUUGGCACCACCAGCGGACGGCAUGAGGGACGGUGCCGCAGCGGUAGCCACAGCCGCAGCUACAACGGCUAUUGCUGUGGAGGACACCCAUGAGGAGGCAUAACGGUGGCGGUGUGGUACUGCACCACAGGUGAACGGAGCAAGAUAAGCACUGUGUACAAUCAGGUGGGGCAGCACGUUUGAAUUGCGUGGAUGCAUGGCGCAAUGAUGAACCUGGCAUGAAAGAAGCAGCCGGCUUGAGUAUUCAGGGACCCGAACUCCGGCGCAACGUCCUUUCGAAGGGGUCAUGGUGGAUGUGGGCGUGGGGAGGGGAGGCGUCAGGCGGCCGCAGCAGCUUUCGUGUUUGCGGCGAUGGGGAGGAAUGACUAUGUAAACGAUUGCUGCUGUGGAUCUGAACAGGCAUUGAAGGUGCAGUCGGCAAUACAGAAGUGCCGGCCCUGCGGCCUGGCCGUUUUGGCAUGUAGUUGCCAUCAACCAGGGUUGCGCCGUACUAGCCUCCCAGCUGAUAAUACGCGUAUUAGUACGUAGUGCGUAGCUAACCUAGUACGAUACGCCAAAGUGCGCUUAUAUUACGCUGGGGUGCAAUGGCUAGUACGCUGCCACAAUACGCGACUGCCAAACCCACAGAUGUCAGGAUGUUGGGAUGUUGCAGGGAUGUCGAGUCAGUUUCAAGCCGUUCUCGCGCUUUCUGACACACAAGUAACAUGGUAUGUUAAAGAUGAGGCCAUCAAGCGCGACAAGUAGCUAGAACCAGUGUGAAAGCGUGUGCUGCCAACCUGUUCCAGGCACAGGCGUGUUUUCCCACGUACUACGCGGUAGUACGUACUACGUACUGUGCGACCCUGCAACGGUGUGUGUUUAACAUCGAAGAAGGGGGGCACCGUACGGUCGGGAACGGUGGAGGCACAGUGCGGGCACGGAUUCCGGGGCAUCCUAUCUUGAUCCUAUUGCCGCACUAUGUUUACAGUCAAUGAUGGCUUUGUUAUUCGCAAGAAAGGUGGCCAGUGCAUGGGCAAGCUGACGGAGCUGGCGGUGGUGGCGCGCAAGGUGAUUGAGAAGGCGGCGGCGAAGGAGAAGGCGAAGCAGCAGGUGGCGGAGGAGGAGAAGGCGAAGCAGGCUAAGGAGGUGCUGAUCAUCAGCGACAGUGACUGAGGCGUCAUAGGUUUAGACAAGACUGGUGCGGAACUUAUGCUUGCAGACGGUACCCCGCACUCCCC